GAUGAUGCCUUCCAUGGGCCUCCCCAGCCUGUCCUGGAUGCUGCUCUCCUGCCUGAUGCUCCUGUCUCAAGUCCAAGGGGAAGAUUCCCAGAAGAAACUGCCCUCUGCACGGAUCAGCUGUCCCAAAGGCUCCAUGGCCUAUGCGUCCUACUGCUAUGCCUUGUUUAUAACACCUAAAACCUGGAUGGAUGCAGACGGCUCUGAGCCCAAUGCCAGUGGAUGGGAGUGGAGUAGCACUGAUGUGCUCAAUUACGUUGCCUGGGAGAGAAAUCCAGCCACCGUCUCAAACCCAGGCUACUGUGGGAGCCUGUCCAGAAGCUCAGGGUAUCUGAGGUGGAGAGAUUAUAACUGUUAUGUGAACUUACCCUAUGUCUGCAAGUUCAAGGACUAA